CGCCGGGCGGGGCCGUUCUGAGCCGUUCGCCCUGACCGCGGCACCGGGCCCCGGUACCGGCCCCGCCCGCCCCUAGCCCAGGCCCCAUCGGGCCCAACCUCGUUCCCGGCAUCACCUCCCCCCAUCCCUCCGGUACCACCGGCAGCGGCAGCAGCAUCACUCCCCGCCCCCACCGGAACCCCCCUCCCCGAGGCCAGGGGGCGGUGGCGGGGGGGGGCACCCGGGGGUGCCCACCAUGGCCUGCCUGCACGAGACGCGGACCCCUUCGCCCUCCCUGGCGUUGGCAUCGGACGGGACCCCCGAGCAGGAGCUGACCCCCACCCAGUGCGUGCUCCGCGACGUCCUGCCAGCUGCCCCUGCCACCCCCGCGGCUCCGCCCGAGGCUUGGCCCCGGCGGGCACCUCCGCGGCACCCACCCGACCUGGGCGCGGAGGGCGCAGGGCCCUUGGCCACCGAAGCUGCCCACCUGAGGUGCCAGGCGGGGGGAGGGUUCCUGGAAGGGCUCUUCGGGUGCCUCAAACCAGUCUGGACCAUGAUCGGCAAAGCCUACGCGGCCGAGCACAAGCACCCGCAGGAAGACCCCUGGGAGGUGCCCUUCGAGGAGAUCCUGGACCUGCAGUGGGUGGGCAGCGGGGCACAGGGCGCAGUGUUCCUGGGGCGCUUCCACGGCGAGGAGGUGGCGGUGAAGAAGGUGAGGGACAGGAAGGAGACGGAGAUCAAACACCUGCGGCGGCUCAAGCACCCCAACAUCAUCACCUUCAAGGGCGUGUGUACCCAGGCCCCCUGCUACUGCAUCAUCAUGGAGUUCUGCGCCCAGGGGCAGCUCUACGAGGUGCUGCGCGCCGGGCGCAAGGUCACCCCCUCGCUGCUGGUGGACUGGUCCAUGGGCAUCGCCGGGGGCAUGAACUACCUGCACCUGCACAAGAUCAUCCACCGCGACCUCAAGUCCCCCAACAUGCUGAUCACCUACGACGACGUGGUGAAGAUCUCGGACUUUGGCACCUCCAAGGAGCUCAUUGACAAGAGCACCAAGAUGUCCUUCGCGGGCACCGUGGCGUGGAUGGCACCGGAGGUCAUCCGCAACGAGCCUGUGUCCGAGAAGGUUGACAUCUGGUCGUUCGGGGUGGUGCUGUGGGAGCUGCUGACAGGGGAGAUCCCCUACAAGGACGUGGACUCCUCUGCCAUCAUCUGGGGGGUUGGCAGCAACAGCCUGCACCUGCCUGUGCCCUCCAGCUGCCCGGACGGCUUCAAGGUGCUGCUGCGCCAGUGCUGGAACAGCAAGCCCCGGAACCGCCCCUCCUUCCGCCAGAUCCUGCUGCACCUCGACAUUGCCUCCGCCGAUGUCCUCUCCACGCCCCAGGAGACCUACUUCAAGUCACAGGCGGAGUGGCGGGAGGAGGUGAAGCUGCACUUCGAGAAGAUCAAGUCGGAGGGCACCUGCCUGCACCGCCUGGAGGAGGAGCUCAUCAACCGCCGGCGGGAGGAGCUCCGGCAUGCGCUGGACAUCCGCGAGCACUACGAGCGCAAGCUGGAGAGAGCAAACAACCUCUACAUGGAGCUGAGCGCCCUCAUGCUGCAGCUGGAGCUGAAGGAGAAGGAGCUGCUCAGGCGGGAGCAGGCGCUGGAGAAGCGCUACCCAGGGCUGUUCAAGCCGCGGGCACCGCGGGGGCUGCUGCAUGGCAACGCCGUCGAGACCCUCAUCAAGAAGAGGAAUGUGCCCCAGAAGCUCUCACCCCAUGGCAAGCGCCCUGACAUCCUGAAGCCGGAGGUGCUGCUGCCCAAGCUGGACGCGGCCAUGGCACAGGUGGCACUGCCAGGCUGCCCCAAGGGCCCCCCCUCGCCGGGCCGCAGCCGCCGAGCCAAAGGUCGCCACCGCAAAGCAGGAGGACCUCGGGGGGGCUGCGGAGAGCCAGGACCAGAAAUUGGACCCCCCCGGGGGAUGCCAGGACCCCCCCAGACCACAGCCAGCCCUGAUCUCCUCGGGGGUACCUUGGAUGCCGUCGGUGCCCCCCCGGAAGCCCUACCCGAUGUGGGCACCCAAGGGGCGAUUGGUACCCAAGGGACCCCCCCCCCGCAACCCCCCACAGCUGGGGGGGAGCCCGAACGGGAGAGUGGUGCCAGCCGGGGGGGCAAAGGGGGGGCCGGGCAGCAUCUGACCCCCGCGGCGCUGCUGUACCGAGCGGCAGUCACCCGCGGGCAGAAGCGGGGGGUCUCGUCGGAGGAAGAGGAGGGGGAGGUGGACAGUGAGGUGGAGCUGCCCCUGCGGCAGAGGUGGCCGCCGGGCAUGAGCAAGAGGCAGUCGCUGUCGACCUUCAGCUCGGAGAACUUCUCGGACGGGGACGGGGACGAGGGGCACACGAGCGAGCCCUCGCACAGUGCCACCCCCGACGUGGGCAGCACCAACACGGACGAGCGACCUGACGACCGCUCCGAGGACCUCCUGAGCCAAGGCUCCGAGAUCCCCCUGGACGCGGCCCCCGCCGAGGGCCCGGGGCGGCCCCAGGGGGGGCUCAGCCCCAAGGUCUCGGAGGACUCCGACUGCGACAGUGCAGAGUUGGAUCACUCAGGCAGCGCCGAGGGCCCCCCCCGGCCCCCAGCCCCCCCCGGCCUGUGACCUGUGUCUGGCGCUUCCCCCCCACACACACACCAAAAAUCACCCCCCCGCACCCCCCCCCACCCCCCCUGCACACAUCCUGCACCCCCCCCGCCCCCCCCCCCCCCCCCAGCCCCUUC